CCCGCAUGGAACAUGAUGAUACCCUCCGUGUCCUCUGGCAUCGCUCGCAAGACCCUCCAGGGGGCUCCCUCGGUAGCCGUUGGAAGAGCUGUGCACCGCCUCCCCCUUCUACCCUUUUCGAAGGAAACUGAGCAUGCGCCUUGAGCUUUCCCCGUCGCAAGUGUUCUAAGGGCCCUUCUUUUUUUACCCCCUUUUUCCCAGAAAAGGCUGGGAGCGCAUCUGGCUUUUCUACCGUGUCCAAUCCGGCUCCUCUUCUCUGUGAGUCUCGGGCUGAGUUUUUUCCAGAAGUCCCAAGAGUUUGCAGGGAAAUCUUACACGGAUGGAGAUCCAGACGUUGCUAUUGGAGACGAGCAUGGUGACCUGCGAAAGUUCAUCAGAUAUCUAAGGUGGAAAUCUUUCCUGGUUCCUCGGGAGUCCAGAGUAUCUUGUGUGGGAAGGGGGCUGAAUGAGUCUAGGAGAUUUGGCUAGACCUCUUGUGAAAUCCAUCCGUUCAUUUUGGAGCUGGAUUAGAGACUAGAGAGAAGAUGGAGGGACAACACCCAGCAGAUGCAGGUGUUGGAAAAGGCCUUCCAGCUACUCAGCCUUGGAGCUUUGGGAAGAAUGGGGCAAGUCCUGGGCAGAAGAGCCAAGAAGAGGAAGCCAACGCUUCAGAGAUCCAAUUCUGUCACUUCAGAAAAGUGCAGUUCCAGGGGGGGAAGAGUCCCCGAGAUGUUUGCACUCAGCUUCACCACCUUUGCUGUCAAUGGCUGCAGCCAGAAAGACACACGAAGGCUCAGAUGCUGGACUUGGUGCUCCUGGGGCAGUUCCUGGCUGUCCUUCCCCCAGAGAUGGAGAAAUGGGUGCGGGAGUGUGGAGCGGAGACCAGUUCCCAGGCGGUGGCCCUGGCUGAAGGCUUCUUGCUGACCCAGGAGGAGGAGAAAUUGGAAGAAGAGUUGCAGAAACCCUUUGAAGCUGUGACUGAAUAUCCCAAGGGGAGGAAAGAUUCAUUCAGAUCUUUUCAAGAGCUGCUCUUCAGGGAGACUUUACACAAAGAUCAAAGUCACAAUACCAUGCCAAGGAGUAGAAAGCUGUCCUUGGAAUUUUUAGAAUCACCUCCUCUUUGUGGUGGGGUUGAAGGGUUGGCUGAACCGCAGCUUCAGGGUGUUGUGUCUUUUGAGGACGUGGCCGUUUAUUUCUCCGAGGAGGAGUGGUCUCAACUGGAUGCUGACCAAAAAGCUCUCCAUGGAGAAGUCAUGCUGGAGAAUUCCAGGAAUCUCUUUUCUCUGGGCUUUAAUGGGCAAGAGAAUAAAAAUUGCAAUGAAGAAUGCCAAGACAUCCAUCGGAAAAAGGAAAAAGGGAAAUGUUCAGAUCAAAUGCAAUCAAACAGUGAUGAAACAAAGCAAUCACAAAGUGGAAUUAAAAAAGGCUUUCCUCGGGUCAUUUGGCUUCCUAACCAUACAAACAUCGAUGCGGGAGAAAGACCAUAUCAAUGCAUGGAUUCUGGAAAGAACUUUAAUAAAUCCGAUCAUUGUAUUUCUCAUAAAAAGACACAUUCAGAAGAGAAACGAUAUACCUGCAGGGAGUGUGGAAAGACCUUCUGUAAUAAUGACUCUCUUAGAACUCACAAAAGGAAUCACAAAGGAGAACAACUUCAUAAAUGCAUGGAGUGUGGAAAGAAGUUUACUUGUAAGAGUAAUCUUAAUACCCACAAGAGGAUCCACACAGGUGAGAAGCCAUAUCAAUGCUUGGAGUGUGGAAAGACCUUCUCUAAUAAUUACUCUCUUACAAGACAUCAAAGGAGUCACAAAGGAGAGAAACUGUAUCAGUGCAUGGAGUGUGGAAAGAGCUUUAGUAGUAAAUAUACUCUGAUUCACCAUAAAAGCAUCCAUACAGAGGAAAAGCCAUAUCAAUGCAUGGAGUGCAGAAAAACUUUCUGUUAUUAUGUCUCUCUUAUAAAACAUCAAAGGAAUCACAAAGGAGAAGGGCCAUAUAAAUGCAUGGAGUGUGGAAAGAGCUUUAGUUGUAUCAGUCAUCUUAAUUCCCACAAGAGGAUUCACACAGAAGAGAAGCCAUAUCAAUGUGUGGAAUGUGGAAAGGGCUUUAAGUGGAAUUCUGCGCUUACCUCCCACAAGAAUACCCAGCACGGAGACAAACCAUAUCAAUGCAUGGAGUGCAGAAAAACCUUCUGUUCUUAUGACUCUCUUAUAAGACAUCAAAGGAAUCACAAAGGAGAAAGACCUUAUAAAAGCCUAGAGUAUGGAAAAACCUUAACUUGUAGCUCUAAUCUGGAUUCCCACAAGAAGACCCACACAGAAGAGAAACCAUAUCAAUGUGUGGAAUGUGGAAAGGGCUUUAAGUGGAAAUCUGCUCUUACCUCCCACAAAAGGAUCCACACAGGAGAGAAACCAUAUCAAUGUAAGGAGUGUGGAAAGGCUUUUCAUUGUAGCAGAAAUCUGAAUUCCCAUAAAAGGAUCCAUGUAGGAGAGAAGCCAUAUAAAUGUGUGCAGUGUGGAGAGGGCUUUAAAAGGAGUUGUGAUCUCGCUUCCCAUAAAAGGAUCCAUACAGGGGGAAAAACCAUAUGAAUGCAUGGCGUGUGGAAAGAGCUUUGCAAGAAGUAAAGCUCUUUACUUGCUAUAAAAGGAUCCACACACAGGAGAAACCAUAUCAAUAAAGGAAGUAUGGGAAGAGGUUCAAUAGAAAUACAGGUUUAUGACUGCAGUUGAGCCCAAAAUUCCUAUUGCUAAGCAAACGGUUGUUAAGUGAGUUGUGAUCCAUUUGUCUACUUUUCUUGCCACAUUUGUUAAGUCAAUCAUUGCAGUGGU